AUGACAAUUAAUUGACAACUUUGACGUUUCACUUUUGGAAAGGAGCGAAAAUCAACAAACACAUAAAUAAUUCUUUAUAAACAACGAAUUCACUGCAAACUGAUUGGAAAAACCAAAAUGCCGUCGAUGAAAGUGGAAGGUGACAGUGAUGGUGAUGGAGACAUGUCCGGGGGCGACACGGAGCGCUCUGGGGGUUCCUCCCGCGGCCCUGACAGGGACUCCAGCGCUGAGGAGGCUGACGAGCCCGACUCCGAUGACUCCUCUGAGAUGGAUGAGAGCGAAUGCGAGAGACGACGGAACGAGUGCCUCGACAAUCUCGCAAACCUGGAGAGACAAUUCAAUGCACUUAGAGAACAACUGUAUCAUGAGAGGGUGAAGCAAGUGGAGCACCAGCUGGCGGAGGUGAGGAGUGGUCGCUCACAGGAGUACCUCGGACCUCUGAGGAGGCUGCAGGAUAAUAUGAAGAUUAGGAUCGAAGUGGCCGGUAUACUGAAACAAAUGCGGAUUGAAAACAUUAAACACAAGUACGAGGCGGAGGAGCAGGCCGCGCAUCAGCAUUUCAAGAGUGAAAAAUGGCUCGCGUUCGAAAACCUAAAAGAAGAGAUAUUAGAAAAAAUUAGGAAGUUAGAGGAAGAGCGGCACACGGUGGACCUCUGGUCGUGCGGCUCUGAAUGGGGACGAAGACGAAGGAAGCGGCAGGUGACCGUCUCCCCCCCCUACGUGGUAUACAUGCUGCCAGAUGCUGACAUCAUGGAGGACUGGAGGCUGGUAAGAAAGCUCCUAGAGAGGAACGAAUGAAGGCUACCAUUAGUUAGUUGUGAAUAUCGGUAAAAUCUAUACUGCCUUUGGAGAAUGCAUCGGUUAAGGUAUCUCACUGAGGUUCGUCCUCAGUUAUUUUCAUGCUUUAAAAGGGAGAAGGGUGUUGUUAAAUUUCAGUCUGAAAUAUUAAAAAAAAAACGAUAACUCAAGACCCAGAAUACAUAACAAAAGUAAAAAAAAAUCAGUCACUUGCAAGCGGAUACUGUAAGUGAUAAAAGCGCCAGCUAGCAGUCAGGAUUUCUAAGCCUUUUAUAGAUGUUAAAAUCCAUUAUCCAAUCACAUAAUAUAGGUAUGCGGAUUUAGUUAUUUUAAUAGGCUGUCAACUUUUCAUUACACUAGCUUGCUAUGAAAUUUGACAGUUGCUGAAGUCAGUGGUGCAAGAUAUCUCGAAAAGUUCGCUUUUAAUUACAUUUUUUAAGACAUCAAGAAAGUUAAGGGCCUUUUUCAUACAGAUAAAUUGGAAUAUUGGAGACCUUUUUUCGCAUCCUCGCUUUCUUAGAUUGGGCAUUUUUAGGCUACUUCAUGGCGUAUUUUGGGCGACUUAAAAUUAAAAUUACCAUUCUUGUAAUUGCUCAAAUUAGCAUCUAUCAGUUUCAUAGUUGUGUUGACUAUUUAAUAGCGUGUCCGCGGUGCCUUGCAUUAGGAUUGAUAUGCAUCACGGUUGGCAUCAACAACGCAUCAGAUACAAGUUUCAACAUACUAUGUUACAUUAUCUUGCAACAUUGUACUGUUUGACUCAGCCUAGUCUAAACUAUUAGUAUAUUAUGUGACCAUUUCGAAUGAAUAAUCAUUAUAGCAAAUAUUGACUAGCACAUCGGAUCAAGUCUUAUCCCUUACCUUGCCUGACAUACACCUGCGUAAGGAAAUAUUUUAUAAACAAAAGCAGUAUAGAUAUACCCUUAUAUAUAUUUGCGAGCUUAUUGUUCGUAUUAUAUAAAUAAAUCCACGUGUCCCUAUUAGCAACUGUAUAUAAACAGCGUCUGAUUUUAUUCUCUUAAGUCUACAUUUUUAAGCAUUUGAUAAAACUUAUUCAUAACAUAAAAUACGAGAAACUAUUGAUAUUUUGUAGUCAUAUAAAUUUUCAAUAAUUUUCAUUAAAAUAUACCAAUCUUUUUUUCAAUCGAUCGCUACAAUGAACCAAUUAGAACUACUUCUUUUGACAUGCUUACUUAUUACUUAUUGUGAUUGGUUAUUACUUAUAACUUAUUGUGAUUGGUUAAUUGUCCAGAUCGCACCGCUGAUUAGGAUUGGGAUCUUUUAUGAAAACGGCCGAUAGGUUAUUUGUUGGACUUUACUAUUCUGCCAGAUCGUAAUUUAUAUAGUGGAUAAGUUUUAUCUGAAUAAAAACAGCCACAAUACUAAGCAAUCGUCAAAUAACAAACAGCUUUGGAAUCUACUAAAUAAAAAACACAAGAAACUCCUUCAGCCAUUUAAUAUAUAAAAUAAAGAAAAUGCUCUACAUAAUUUCUUAGCAUUUUCAUUCAUAUAUUCUACGUUUCCCUUUAAUAUCGAGUCAUUUAAAUUUUACGUACAAAGCUUAAAUAAAAGCAACAGUGUUAUCACAUUAAGGUUAAAGGUAAUUUGUUGAACACACGUUUUAUUAACAUUUUUUAAGUUUUUUUUUGUUUUACGGAGAAUGUACCUUAUUACUACCGCCCAGCCUUCGUGGGGGGCGACUGAGCGAUAUUGUUCGGGAACUUUUUUAACCUGCAAUUCCUCAAACAUUGCCUGCAGAGUACUUUGUGCAUGAUUUUAAAUUUUCUAUAAGGUUUUGCCAAAAAAAAAUGUGUAAACAAAUGCAAAUGUUUGCUAUUUUCUAAUAAUAAAACAUCACGUACUACACAAACAGGUUUCUUAAUGAAUGUGGCACAUUUCCUAAUGUAUGUAAAGCUUACUGAUUUCUUUAAAGGUUUAUAAAAUAUUUCGUAACUUUUUGUAAACUUCAAAUUGAUUUAGACCUUAUUUUGUUAACCCUAGAUGCUGAUUCGUCUUAUUGCCUAAUUUUAAGUUAUUUUUUUACGUCUCGUGAAUCAUGAUAAUUUAAUAUACUGAAAGAUAUGCCUUUCUAGCAUUUUAUAACAUUUAUUGAUAUUUCGGGACCUCUGUGACUGUUUCCACUAAAAACAUGUUUUUUCCUACUAUCCAAGUGUUCUGCAAGUUGUAAAUGUUGAUACCCUGUAUCAAGCUUAAAUUAGAGUUAGUUAGAUAAGUUAGGAAUCAAAUUUAUUUAAGACCUAUUUUUGUAACAAAUAUGUGUAAAUGUCACUGAAUGUUUGCUCUACUUUAAUCGAGGUAAUAAAUGUUUUUAAAUGUA